AUGGGGUUCCUUGACUUGUUCCGGCGAAAGGUGACUGUCCAAAUGGAAUACAAGUGGGAUUUUAUCACUCUUAAUGACUUCAAGUCCACAUCGGUCUUUACCCCUAUAGCGUACGCCUACCUAUGGGUUUCCAUCUGUAUCUCGUGCGCCGUCUACGCCGUCGACAUUUUCACCAUGGUUCAACUUUUGGCUUUCAAGAAGUGGUCUUCCCAGGUUCAACCAACCUCACUCAUUCCUAUCGACGUAUCAAAGUGGAUUUUCACCAUCUGCAUCAUCCUUUCUGCUGUCAACCUCAUAUACGAGCAUAUUCGUGCCAACCGGGCUAUGCGCACCGGAAGUGUCGCCGAAUCGUUCCUUGAUCACUUGGCCGCGAAACUCGAGAGUUUGCGGGUUUUUGGAGGAAAAGGAUGGAAGCGAUUCCUGGUUUUCGCCGCGUUGACCGAGAGUAAAAAGGGCGCUGAGUACAUUGCCCUGUUCUGCUAUUUCAACUUCCAAUCAUGGAUCCGUGUCCUUCUCUGUUCUGGACCUCGACAGGUUGUCAAUGCAUUCACUCUAUACUCCUUUUUCACCAGUGAACUCCAGAUAAACGGCAAGGAUUUUGGAGACUCGGCAAUGGAUUUCUUCAGAAAGAUCGAGGCUUUUGCUGAGAACGACUACCGCCAAGCUGCUACUCUAUCCGGCAUGUGCUUUACACUGGUCAUCUGGAUCUUUUCAUUCUUGCAGCUGCUGCUCUCCGGAGUCUUUUUCGUUUGUUUCUUGUGGUGUUACAUCCCUCGUGCGGAUGGCGGCUUGACUGGAUUCUGCGAGCGCAAGGUCAACAAGCGCUUAAAGCAGAUUGUGUCGGCCAAGAUCAACGCGGCAAUGGCUGAGGAGGAAGAAAAGAGGAAGAAGGCGCAAAUGAAAGCGGCCAAGAAGAAGGGCGAGGAUAGGCCGAUGACGAUGAAGGCGACGCUACCGACGCUUCCGAACGUCGGCGUUAGCAUUGAAAGCAGAACCGAGAAGUUGCCCGAAAUGCCAUCGCUCAGCAGGCAAGAUACGAUGGCUACACUUCCGGCCUACACAUCCCGACCCUCUACCCCCGGAGGCUACGAGCUUGGUUCGAUCGAGAAGCGACCGAUGCCGCCGUCCCGUGCAGGGACUUUUGCAACGCAAUUUUCGGGCGCCUCCAGUACGUCACUCAUCGGUGCAGCUGCCGAGCCCGCUAGACAGCGCGCCAAUGAUGUCCCUACUGUUCCCAAGAUCGAUAUGAACAAUAUCCCGCCGACAAGAACAGCAACCAUGCUUUCGAAGAACAGCUAUGGAUCUGCGUCGCAGUCGAAUUUCGAACCGCGUCCUCUUGGUAGGGCCGCUACUGGGCUUUCCAACUACGAUACUGGAUCGUCUCAGACAGACUUUCAACCUCGCCCUCCUAAUAGAACGGCCACUGGGCUAUCCAACGUCAGUUCUGCGCCUUCACAGCAACCGAGCUUCCAGCCACGGCCACUCACCAGAGCUGCGACUGGCAUGUCUAACAUUGGUCCUGGGCCUCAGUCACAGCUACAGCCGAAUCAGCCUCGUCCUCUUACUCGGGCUGCGACUGGGCUGUCUAAUACGAGCGCUGGACCACAAUCGCAAGGGAACUAUCCGCCCCCUAGGGCUGGAACAGUUCCACCUCAGAACAACUUUGGACCUGGCAUGCAACAACCACCUCCUCCAAGGGCCGGAACAGCCCCUCCGAGGAAUGAUUUCGGACCUUCAAUGCAACAGCCAAAUUCCUCGUUCGGACCCGGUUACACUGAUAGUCCCGCGACCUACUCGACCGCAACGAUGCCCGCCUUCCAGCCACCCGCCAGGGCGCCGACUGCUCCGAUGAGCUAUUCUAACAAUAACUACAGGGGCGUCGAGCCGAGACCGAUCGAGCGUGCGUAUACUGGUAACGUCGGAAACCAAAGUGAAUACGACAAUUUCUCGAGAGGUAACCAAGUACCUCAAACCAACAACCCCUAUGGUGGUCUUAGUGGCCACAUGUCGAACGGGUACGAUCAGGAUGGCUACGGCGGUGGUUAUGGCCAGGAUAAUUAUGGACAGGACACCUACGGACAACAAGGAUAUGGGCAUGAUGGCACCGGCCACGACAACUACGGACACGAUAGCUAUGGCUAUGGGUAUCCGACGCAGAACAACUCACAGAUGCCGCCAAGGCUAGGAAGCGCUCCACCGCCGCGGACGCAACCCGGAUACCAACCGUAUAUUCCCCAGAGGAACAUGACCGCUCCGCCAGAGGGGCAGCCAUACCAUCACCAUCAGCAGAAUCCUAGCAAGAGUUCUCUGAGUAGUGUGGCUGAACUACCAGCUGAACUACCGGUCGAAACCCCGAGCGAACAGCACCCUCCCGCCAGAGCAGGAAGUGUCACAUCGGAUUAUCUCGAGUAUAUGAUGGACGGCUCACCCAGCUCGAGGAAGACGGAUGCUCCUCCCAAGACGAGAAACGGGAGCGUAAGCAGCCAGGGUAGUGGUGCUGCUAACCAGGAAGCCAAGAGCAACGGGACGCACUCUAGGCAAGGAAGUGCCGAUAGUGUUUCCAGGGCUGCUGGCGCUGGCACUAAUAGCAGAAACAGCAGCAGGAAGGGGAGCGUGGCUUCUUCCGUUGGCAGCAGCGGCCCUCAUCAAAGGCAAGGCAGCGCCGGCAGUGUUGCGUCUACUGCUUCUUCUCGCCGGGAUCCGGAGACUACUGCUGCUCAUGCCAGGCAAGCCAGCAGCGAUAGAGUCGCCGCCACCCCAACUCCCGCCAGCCGUGAGGACUACUUCGCCAACAACGCCCUCGCCCGACAAGCAAGCAACGCUGCCACGUCUUCCAGAGAUAAUCUCGCUGGCAGCAAUAACGAUGCCAGGCCAGGGAGCAGUAACAGCCGUGCCACGUCGCAGCCGCAGGAGGAAGACGAAGAAGAUGAUUACUUCGGCAUCAACCGCGCUCUCUCCCAGCGCCAGCAGAAAGGCGGUGCUUCAGCUGACCGCGAGGUCGACAACGACGCCGAAGACUACUUUGGCCCCACCACUUUCGGCAACACCAUCAUGCGGACAAACACGGCUCCCAUUGCUCUAGACAGCAACAGUGAUGGUGGUAUAAGGCCGAUAGCAAGGACGGCUACUGCUCCUCCUUCCCUUCAGCAGCAGCAGCAGCAACCGCAGCAACAACAACAGUACCUCCCACAGCACCGAGAGCAGGAUGAGGCUGAGGACUAUUUCAGCCAGCCUAGCUACAACAACAGUCAUCCUACCUACAACAAUUACAACAACAAUGUCAACAGCUACAACAACAGAAACAACAACGCUACCAAUACUACGAGUGGCAAUAACAACAAUAACCAUAACAAUAACGGAUGGAACGAGGACAUCGAGCGAGGAGAAAGGAGCAUGGACAUGAGGCAGAACCAGAUACCCCGCAACAAUGGAGGGCAAGGAGGAUACGGAGGAUACGGACAAGGAGGAGGAUAUGGAGGACGAGGAGGCGGAGGAGGAGGAGGAGAUUAUGACUAUGACGGUAGUGGUUACGGUGGUAGCAGGUGGUAGUGUGUCCUGCCACAGUCCAAGCUAUCUUACGCCCAGCCCAACUGUCUAAACCAGACAUUACUUUUUACAGUAUGUCUAGGUUGGUAAUCGGCAAUUACGAAUAACAGCAACACUUUGUGUAUCUUUUUUCUUUUCUACAUAAACCUCGUUGGUUUUAUUAGUUUAUGAUAGGCACGCAAAAUACCCCCGUUUCUUUGUGUUUACCCAUUGCACAACAGUCUCAAAAUCAAAAACAGCGAACCGAAGGC